AGCCGACGGUUUCCCGGCAGCCUGGGACGUAGGACGAACAGAAGGGCCGAGACAGCGGCUGGCUGGGCGCGGAAGAGUUCAGUGGGCGGCGGCCGCCGAUCCGGAGCCUUCAUCGCCGCGCCCCAGCGAGCUCAUUCGUCUUGGAACGGGGAGCACAGCUCCCGAAAAGCGACGCUUAACUCGCCGCGCUGCUGCUGCCGCGACCGGCGCCUGUCCCCAUGGAGGUCGAGAUGCCGCAGGAUGUGACUCUGAUUGACAUUCUCUGGAGACAAGACAUAGAUCUUGGAGCAAGGCGUGAAGUUUUUGAUUUUAGCCAAAGAAAGAAGGAAUAUGAACUUGAGAAGCAGAAAAAGCUUGAAAGUGAGAGACAAGAGCAGCUUCAGAAAGAGCAGGAAAAGGCCUUUCUUGCCCAACUGCAGCUGGAUGAGGAAACCGGGGAAUUUGUUCCUAUCCAACCAGCUCAAGCUGUUGAAUCUGGAACUUCUGCCAUAUCCAACAGUUAUUCACAGAAUGUACAUAUUUCCAAACAAGAUGCAGAUGAUCUGUUUGAUGACUGCAUGCAGAUUUUAGCAGAAACGUUUCCAUUUGUAGACGAGAGUGAGAUUUCCCCAGCUGAAUUUCAACAAGUGGCACCUUUGGAAAUGACUACCAACCAAGUCUUUGUUGAUUCUAACCAUAUGCAGUCACUUGACUCAUCUGUACUUCAGUCUACGAUUCCAGAGUUGUUAGAUACAAAAGUUGAGAACACACAAGAUAUAGAACAAGUGUGGGAAGAACUCCUGUCUAUUCCAGAACUGCAGUGUCUUAAUAUACAAACUGACAGCGUGGCUGAUGUGACACCAAAUCCAUUUGCAGUAAAUGCCGCUUCAGAGACUGCCAAUAACUUUACCUUCUACAAUUCAUUAUCUGCCAUGGAGGAAGAAGUUGUUAACUGCAGCCAAGAAUUCCUGAAACCACUGGAGGAUCCCUAUUCUAGCAUGGUGCUGCCUGAAGAUCCUAACCAACAUAGCACUGAUUUCUGUGAGGACUUCUAUUCCCUCUUUGACGUGAAGAUGAACAGCAGAGCAGUUACCCCACCAUCUCAUUUUGUGGAUCAGGCACUUGCUGGCUUUUUAAGUGAACCUAUUGAUCUUUCAGAUUUUGCCCAGUGCAAAGCUUUUAACCAGGACCUUGCAGGAAAUACUGCAGAAUGUAAUGAUUCCGACUCUGGUAUUUCACUGAAUGCAAGUCCCAGUACAUCAUCCCCAGCUCAUUCUGUGGAGUCCUCUUCAGUUUAUAGGGAUGCAGGCUUUGGAUGCAGUGAUUCAGAAAUGGAGGAGAUAGAUAGUGCCCCUGGAAGCGUGUCACAGGGCAAUGCAAAGAUGCAUUCAUUUCAGCUGCAGGCUCCUGUCUCUCCAUCUCUAGAGCAAGGCUCCCCAAAGCCUGACUUACCACUUACUACUACACCCCAAAGAGAAUUGCCUGCCAAUCCUGGCCAUGUUGAAGCUCCGUUUAUGAAAGACAAGUCCCUUAGCCAACCAGAAGCUCAUCUCACUAGAGAUGAGCUGCGAGCAAAAGCUCUGCAGAUCCCUUUUCCUAUUGAAAAAAUCAUCAACCUCCCUGUGGAUGACUUCAAUGAAAUGAUGUCCAAGCAGCAGUUCAGCGAGGCCCAGCUUGCUCUGAUUCGUGACAUACGAAGGCGAGGCAAGAACAAGGUAGCUGCUCAAAACUGCCGUAAAAGGAAACUGGAAAGUAUUACUGAGUUGGAGCAUGACUUGGAUUACCUGAAGGAUGAGAAAGAGAAGCUCCUGAAAGAGAAAGUGGAGAAUGACAAAAGCUUGCAGCUGCUGAAAAAGCAGCUGAGCACCCUGUACCUUGAAGUCUUCAGCAUGCUCCGGGAUGAAGAUGGCAAGCCAUAUUCCCCCAAUGAUUACUCACUGCAGCAAACCAGAGAUGGGAGCAUUUUUCUUGUUCCGAAGAGCAAGAAGCUAGAGACUAAAUUCUGAAGAUCAGGAAGACAAAGAAUAUUUCUAUGAAUAUUUUUACAUUGUUAUUUUCUAUUGAUAAGCAUCAUGUAACCCAACACUGUCCUUUUUCAAGUGACUAAACAUUUCUCUAGAAUCAAAUGUAUGAACACACUAAAUCAUUAGUGUAAAACAAAUGUAUGCACAAAGGGUAAUACUUCUGUAAUACACUAGUUCUUCCUCUUAUAUAA